AUGUCUGAAAUUUGUGAAGAAAUCAACUCUUUGAAGGAGUCAGACGACAAGGAACGGGUCGACUUGACACUCCAUCUGGCGAGGCUCCGGUACCUUAAAGGUUUAAACCAGGUUGGCUUCUUCGCCGAUAUCCGAUGGUACCCGGAACAUUAUCCAACAUCUUACGAUCCAACAUCUUACUAUCUCGAUGGCCUUUCUAACUUGGCUGAAUGUCUUUGUCUGGCAAAUUAUCUACAGUUCAAGGAGAUGGUGAUUACCAUUAAGAAAAUGUUUGCCGCUUACGUUGGAUAUCUUUGGGGCGAUGAAGCAGCAGUUCUAACGCAGAUAUUUGAAGAGCACCCAGACUUCCACCGCGACAUUCAGAGAUUCCUAGAAAUGGACUUCCAUGCGACCAAAACACCUAUUGCCGCGAGUACAUUAUGCAAGAGAGACUCAGAAGAGUCCUGGGAGCUAACCGGAGGAGGAAAAAGGAGAGGGUGGUACUAG